UGGUCGACGCCUCUGCGCUUCCCCUGUGCCUGAGCAGCGUGGACUGAAGCAGAACCUGGAAGCAGAAACGGAUCCGUCCUGUGAGAACUGCAGCUUCUGCGUGGAUUAAUAUCUUCAAUUUAGAGAGCUGAUUCAGAAUGGACUCCACAUUGAGUGCAGCUCACAUUCGUCAGAAGUUUAUCGACUUCUUCCGUCGCUAUGAGCACCAGUAUGUCCACUCCUCAUCCACCAUCCCGAUGGACGACCCCACGCUGCUGUUCGCCAACGCCGGCAUGAACCAGUUCAAGCCUAUCUUCCUGAACACCAUUGACCCUUCCCACCCCAUGGCCAAGCUCCGCCGUGCCGCCAACACUCAAAAGUGUAUUCGUGCAGGAGGUAAACACAACGACCUGGACGACGUGGGGAAAGAUGUGUACCACCACACCUUCUUCGAAAUGCUGGGCUCCUGGUCGUUUGGGGACUACUUUAAGCAACUGGCUUGUAAGAUGGCCCUGGAGCUGCUGACUCAAGAGCUCGGCAUCUGCAUUGAUCGCCUCUACGUCACCUACUUCGGUGGGAACACUGAUGCAGGCCUGGAGCCGGACCUGGAGUGCAAACAGAUCUGGAUGGACCUGGGGGUGGAGGAGGCUCGCAUCCUGCCAGGCAGCAUGAAGGAUAACUUCUGGGAGAUGGGAGACACGGGCCCCUGCGGCCCCUGCAGUGAGAUCCACUACGACCGCAUCGGCGGGAGGGACGCCUCUCAUCUGGUGAACAUGGACGACCCCAACGUGCUGGAGAUCUGGAACCUGGUCUUCAUCCAGUUCAACAGAGAGUCGGAGACAGAGCUGAAGCCGCUUCCUAAGAAGAGCAUCGACACGGGGAUGGGUCUGGAGCGGCUGGUGUCUGUGCUGCAGAACAAGAUGUCCAACUACGACACCGACCUCUUCGUCCCAUAUUUUGAGGCCAUUCAGAAGGGUACCGGUGCUCGACCGUACUCUGGUAAGGUCGGUGCCGAGGACGCUGACGGCAUCGACAUGGCCUACCGCGUCCUGGCUGACCACGCCCGCACCAUCACCAUCGCCCUGUCAGACGGGGGCCGCCCCGACAACACAGGAAGAGGGUACGUGCUGAGGAGGAUCCUGCGCCGUGCAGUUCGUUACUCCCAUGAGAAGCUGGGAGCUCAGAGAAGCUUCUUUGCCUCUUUGGUGGAUGUGGUGGUCGAUUCUCUGGGUGACGCUUUCCCUGAGCUGAAGAAAGAUCCAGACAUGGUGAAAGACAUCGUCAAUGAGGAAGAGACGCAGUUCCUCAAAACCCUCAGCAGAGGGCGCCGCAUCCUUGAUCGAAAGAUAAUGAGUCUGGGAGACUGCAAAACCAUCCCAGGCGACACAGCCUGGCUGCUGUACGACACGUACGGCUUCCCCCUGGACCUGACCUCCCUCAUCGCUGAGGAGAAGGGCCUGGCCGUGGAUCUGGCCGCGUUUGAGGAGGAAAAGAAGGCUGCACAGUUGAAGUCCCAAGGUAAAGGAGCAGGAGAUGCAGACCACAUCAUGCUGGACAUCUACGCCAUCGAAGAGCUGAGAAACAAGGACACCCCCCCCACAGACGACUCUCCCAAAUACAGAUACACCUCAGACGACACGGGCAGCUACGAGUUCCUGCAGGCCUCAGCAACGGUCCUCGCUCUCCGUCGCGACCGCGGGUUCUGCGACGAAGUGACGACGGGUCAGGAGUGCGGCGUGGUGCUGGACCAGACGUCCUUCUACGCAGAGCAGGGCGGACAGACGUUUGACGAGGGAUAUAUGCUGAGAGAGAACGACGUCACGGAGGAUCGGAUGGAGUUCACCGUGAAGAACACCCAGGUACGAGGUGGUUACGUUCUCCACAUCGGUACCGUCUACGGAACGCUGAAAGUCGGAGACCCCGUCACCCUGCACAUCGACGAGGCUCGCCGGCGGCCCAUCAUGAGCAACCACACCGCCACUCACAUCCUAAACUUUGCCCUGAGGGGUGUUCUGGGCGAGGCCGAUCAGAGGGGCUCUCUGGUGGCGCCCGACCGCCUGCGCUUCGACUUCACCGCUAAAGGGGCUCUGAGCACAGGAGAGAUCCGCCGGACCGAGGAGAUCGCUUGUGCCAUGAUGAGAGAUGCAAAGCCCGUUUACGCCAUGGAAGCUCCUCUAGCCGGCGCCAAGGCCAUCCAGGGCCUGCGAGCCGUCUUCGACGAGACGUACCCUGAUCCGGUCCGGGUGGUGUCCAUCGGCAUCCCCGUCCAGGAGCUGCUGGACGACCCCACCAGCGCUGCCGGCUCCCUGACCUCCAUCGAGUUCUGCGGUGGAACCCAUCUGCAGAACUCGGGCCACGUGCUGCCAUUCGUCAUCGUCUCAGAGGAGGCCAUCGCUAAGGGCAUCCGCCGCAUCGUUGCCGUGACGGGAGCCGAGGCCCAGAAGGCCCAGAGGAAAGCAGACGCCCUGCGGCAGACUCUGUCUGCGCUGGGGGAGCAGGUGAAGCAGCAGACGGCCCCUAACAAAGACGUGCAGAAGGAGAUCGCUGACGUGACCGAGUCCAUAGGCACGGCGGUGAUCUCCCAGUGGCAGAAGGACGAGAUGAGGGAUACGCUGAAGGCCCUGAAGAAGACCAUGGAUGACCUGGACCGCAGCUACAAGGCCGACAUCCAGAAGAGGGUCCUGGAGAAAACCAAAGAAGUGAUGGAACACAACCCCAACCAGCCGCUGCUCAUCAUGGAGAUGGAGACCGGAGCCUCAGCAAAGGCUCUGAACGAGUCGCUGAAGCUGCUGAAGUCCCAGUCCCCUCACACCGCUGCCAUGCUGUUCACCGUGGACCCCGAGGCCGGGAAGAUCACCUGCCUCUGCCAAGUCCCCCAGGACGUGGCCAAUCGUGGCCUGAAGGCCAGCGAGUGGGUCCAGGAGCUGUGCCCCCUGCUGGAUGGUAAAGGAGGCGGCAAAGACAUGUCGGCCCAGGCCACCGGCAGGAACACGCAGAGCCUGCAGGAGGCGCUGCAGGUGGCCAACGCCUUCGCACGACUCAAGCUGGGCGAGAACUGAGAGGAGGGAGGUCCCACGACUCCCGCCUCAGCCUCCUACCCUUCCCUGUAGACAGAUGAUCCAAACAGAACCAGCUCUGUCUGGAUGACCACUGGCAGCCAGCAGGCGGAACAGGAGCCACUUCUAUUUAUUGGGAAUACUUUUGCCCAUUAAAACUCAUAUUUCUGUGUUUUCAUGCGAAAAGGAUGAAGGAUUGUGUCUAUUACAUUACUGCAUGUUUGCGGAGGUGAGGAUGUGCUUUUGUUUUAGUCUCAGGCGAGUUCUGCACAACUCCAGGAGAAAACCUGCAGCUAGUAGCUCUGAUUCAGUCCUCGGCAGCAGCUGGUCCUCCCUUCUGUUCCUGCUAGAUAUGUGUUCUCCCAUCCUUCCUGGCUCAGGGCCUCCUGGACCUCUGGACCAGGGAACCGUCCACCGGUGGGACAGCUAGUCUCCAUCACCAAACUGCCCUCUGACCAGUGUGGGUUUAAUGUAGUACCUGAUCAACCCCUUCAUUGUAAAAUGAUGAUGCUCUGUAACUGCUCUGGUCUUCAGCGCUGACAUUUACUAUUGAUUUGAAUGCAGAGCAUCUUUCAUUGUUGAUGUACGUUUCUGAAAUAGUGGCCAUAGAAUAAAUACAACUGGAAAAUGCCA